UAAUAAGUGAAAGCUUCUCCUCCUCCCGAGCUCAGGAGGAGCAGGCAAGCACGCACAGCCGCUCAGCUUGCGUUCAUCUCCGGCUUCCUCCUCCUAACAUGGCGGCCAAAACCCGAAAGCAGACGGGCAAAAGCGACAAGAGUCCCCCGCUCGCUUCUCCCGGUGGUAAAAGCGGCGCCAGGCGAGCCGCCGCCACUGCUGGCAGGGAAGCCAAAGCGGCGAAUGGGUUCUCGGGCAUCCGGCACAAGCUGGGGCUAACUCACUCCGGAGCGGCCGGGUUGGGAUUGACUCUUCUGCUCGCUGCUCUGAGCGGAUAUCUCCACUGGUUUCAUCUCACACAGCUCUUUGAGAAUGACAGACACUUUUCACACUUGUCCAACCUGGAGAAGGAGAUGGCUUUCCGCACAGAAAUGGGCUUGUAUUACUCUUAUUACAAGACCAUCAUUGAGGCGCCCUCCUUCCUGCAAGGCAUGCACAUGGUGAUGAACGACCGGCUGACCGAGUACCCGCUGGUCAUAAACACCCUGAAGAGGUUCAAUCUCUACCCGGAGGUGGUUCUAGCCAGCUGGUACCGGGUGUACACAGCUGUCAUGGGCUACUUUGGUGUUCCCACCAAGAUGUGCUGGUCUAUCAACAGAGGAGAAGGUCUGACGCCCGUAGACAGUUGUGAAGGCUUGGGUGACCCGGCUUACUUCUACGUAACGUGUGUGUUCCUGUUGAAUGGGUUGAUGAUGAGCCUGUUUUUCCUUUACGGCGCCUACCUCAGCGGCAGCCGUCUGGGGGGCGUCGUGACCACCGUAUGCUUCUUCUUCAAUCACGGCGAGAGCACUCGUGUGAUGUGGACUCCUCCUCUGAGGGAAAGCUUUGCCUACCCCUUCCUGGUCCUGCAGAUGCUGUUCCUCACCUUCAUCUUGAGGACCCGGAACCCGAGCAGGAUGGCCCUAGUCGCUCUGGGCAUCUCCACGCUGUGCUUCAUGCUGCCAUGGCAAUUUGCCCAGUUUGUGCUGCUCACUCAGGUGGCUUCCCUGUUUGCUUCCUACAUCCUGGGUUACCUCAGUGCGGCUAAGAUGCAGUCAGUGUUGGUAACUCACAUGAUCGCACUGGCCUUCUGCUUCGUCCUUAUGUUUGGCAACGCCAUGCUGCUCACGUCCUUUUAUGCCUCUACGCUCGUCUCAAUCUGGGCUAUCAUUGCGUUGAGGGAUUGCUUCACAAGGGUCUUCAGAACUGGCCUAGUCUUCUGGGUCAUGCAGGCUUUGAUUUGGGUGGGGUCCACUGUUCUGCUCAAAUUCCUGCUGUCCACCAUCCUCGGUGCUUCAGAUGAUGCUCACAUCAGUGGCCUGAUCAAGUCCAAGUUUACCAGCUAUAAGGACUUCCACACGCUCAUGUACACAUGUGCUGCAGAGUUUGACUUCAUGGAGUGGGAGACUCCUGCACGCUACCUGAAAACGCUGCUGCUGCCCGUCAACUUGUUGCUGGUAGCUUUGAUUGCAAAGACGACUGUGCAAGAUGUUAUCCGCUUCCUCAGGCAUGGAGGGAAGGCGUCUGAUCAAAGUAAUCAUACUGACAAGGAAGCUGUGAGGUGUGAAGUUGUCACAAAAGCAGAGAUGGCGUAUCACUGUCUGCAGCUGAUGGCCUUCAGCGUGUUGGCUGUCCUCAUCAUGCGCCUUAAGCUCUUCCUCACGCCACACAUGUGCAUCGUGGCCUCGCUGAUCUGCUCCAGACAGUUGCUGGGCUGGAUCGGAGACAGGACCAAGCAUCGGGCCGCCGUGGUCCUGGUGCUGGCCCUCAUGGCGGUGAAGGGAGGGACCAAUCUGACGGCCCAGUGGGGCAUCAUCGGGGAGUUCAGCAACAUGCCUCAGGAGGAGCUGCUGGACUGGAUACAGGACAAUACCCUCCCUGACACUGUAUUUGCGGGUGCGAUGCCCACUAUGGCCAGCGUGAAACUGUCCACAGGUCGUCCCAUUGUCAACCAUCCCCACUACGAAGAUGCUGGUCUGAGGGAGAGAACCAAGCUGGUGUACUCUAUGUACAGCCGCAUGUCUGCACACACUGUCAAGAGCAAUUUGAACAAGCUGGGAGUUGAUUUCUUUGUUCUGGAAGAUUCUUGGUGCACCAGGAGAACCAGGCCCGGCUGCAGCAUGCCUGAGAUCUGGGAUGUGGAGGACCCCCAGAACAUGGGUAAAAUUCCUCUCUGCACUCGCAUGUCCAGGAACUCACGGCCCCACUUCACCACUGUCUUUGCGAAUCACAUCUACAAAGUCCUCAAAGUGCCCAAAGAGGCCAGAUAACAGCACCUGACCUCUACUAUUUUUUUAACACCCCCGCCCCCCAAUCCUCAAAUCUCCCGUUUUUUAUGCAGUGAUGGAAGGAAAGUUUGUUGUAGGAUUUCUGUUUUUUUCUGUUUUCCUGAGGGAAGCGGUGGAUUCUUCUUUUGUCUAGUGGCCUCUUUUGCAACGAGUACCUGCAAAAUUGGUGCAUCAGAGCCGUAGUGGUAUUUCUUCAUUUCUCUGUCACACAGAAUCCAGCAAAGCAGGACAUUGUCGGGUCCCACAAUCAGAUCGUGAGAAAUGUUCCAGUAGGCUGUUCAACACAGUAAAAUUGAAGAAUCAUUUUUCCACAUCCUCCUUUUAUGCAAAACCCAGAAAACUGGGAUAUUGCAGAAAUUUUGCUGCAUCAGUCAAGUAGUAUUUAUCCAUUUGUGUCUUACACACAGAAUCCAGCAAAACCGGACAUUGUCAUCCACUAAUUCCCUUUCUGUUACACCUCGGAUACUACCUAACUGUGUGAAAGGGGCUACUCACAUGUUGAAGCAAUAUGCCCGCAAAGAACUUUUGUACAGCAGUGUCAUCGUAAUUGACUACUUUUACAUAAUUUAUUUGUGGGCUCUUUUCUUUUUUUUGUUGUUGUUACAAAAACGUUCUGAAGUUUUACGGAGUAAUGUAAUACCUUUCGUGACAUUUUUCUUGGCAAGUCAUUUUGAAGAAAUGUGCACUUUGUUCAGUUUAGUUGUCCUGUUGUGUGGAAAAAAAAAAAAAGCAGCACACUUCCACUAUUGUUUUUACCCUCUCACACUGCCUAACUAACUGUAGCGGUUCAUCACAUCCUAACAGUAGCAGCGUGUGGAAGAAGCAAAGGACGCAAAAAUAUGAAGCUAAAGCGAUGCGGGGUGACUUUAACCAAGCUUAGCAUUGCAGCAAGGCGCUAAACUGUAAGCCUCAAUGUGCCAAAGGGAGCAUUAAAACAAAUCCACAGAGCUUUUUUUUUUUAUUUUAUUUUAUUUUUUUUAUAUGAAUGUUUUCAGUCGUUUUUAAUGUACUUGCUGUCUAUGCCUUGCACAUUUUUAAUAGUUAUUUGUUUUGUAUGGAAAUAAA